UAGUGGGAUUUUCACCCACAUGACAUCUCACUCCAUCACAUUGUAGUAUCAAUGAAUUCAUCUCACCUUUCAAAUUCGCGGUUGUAUCGAUUUUUGAUUCUUUUUCAGGUCGUUUAUUAUCUUUAAUUAUUUUUAUGAUUCUAAUAAUUUCAUUUAGAUCCAAAAUUCUUGAUUUCAAGUGGCUAUUAAGCUUCUGUUGAUGCUUAAUUUCAUUUUUCGUUGAACUAAUAAUUAUUUCGUGCAUUUUGCAAUCCAUGUUAUCUUCUGUUUUCACAUCUUCGGAUACGGAAUUUUUGCGAUCGAUUCCGAGAAGAUCCACAAGAAAGCCCGUCACUACUUCACUCGUUAUAUCUUUAGGAAUCACUUUCGAAACUAAAAUGUCAAUUAGACUUUUUUUAUUUACUUUAGUUAGCUCACUUACUAGGAGCUCGCGUGUAUACGUGUGUUCGCUUCCUGCAAUAUCGAACGAUAUGUUUAUAGAUCCUCCUUCGGUGUCACCUUUCCCACCGACUGGUUUCCUACAGGUCAAAUUAGGAGAAGAAGUGAGAAUUUCCUGCACUCCUUCGGGUGUUCCCUAUCCUAUUAUCACUUGGAAUUUCCAGGAUGAGGAAUUGGAACUCAUGGACCACAGGGAGAUGCUCAAAUUCACUGCCUUAGACAGACAUAUGGCAGGUAUUUAUGAAUGUAUUGCUGUCAACGGCGUUGGAGAGCCCGCCACUGCCUCGAUUGAAUUAAAUAUCAUAUAUCCACCAGAAUUGAUGACCUCAAGGUCCUGGAUUCAUACAGCGCCAUCACACAGGGUUCAGUUAGAAUGUAAAGUAUCUGCAGAUCCUCAAGCAACAGUGACAUGGCUGAAAGGAGAGAUAGCUGUCCCUCUCAAUUCCAGGGUCAUUUCGUUGGUUGACGGUGAUAAGCAUACUCUUCUGAUCAGAAACGUUCAAAGGGGUGAUUUUGGAAUAUACACCUGCAGGGCGAUCAAUGAGCUAGGACAGGGAGAAGUCACUAUUCAACUGUCAGGAGUUCCAAAUCCUGGCGUCUUCAAGAAAACAGACGAAAAGAGCAUGGCAGAUACAAAUUCGUACAAACUCAUUUGGGAAGUCGACAGCUACACUCCCAUCAUUGAAUACAAUUUAUGGUUCAGAUUGUAUAGGCCCAGAAGCGGACUUAGCAAACCGGAUUGGACGAAACUGACAAUACCGACAGAAUAUAAUUCGGGACCUGUUUAUUCAAAGGCAUACACUAUCAAGGGAUUGAAGGAAGGAACCAUUUAUGAAGCAUUACUUGUAUCUAGGAAUAGGUAUGGAUGGUCCAAACCUUCUCCAAUCUUGAGAUUCGCCACUCUAGGUGCAGAUGUUUCGAAUGAUUUGGUAUCUCCAGAAGAAAUACACACACAGGAUGAAGACAACGGUAUUCCAUUGGAUUUAACUUCCAGUGCAUCCAAUUGUCUGAAAAGUGGCAUAAUUCUAGUCUUAGUUGUGAAUAUAUGUUUUGAUAUUAUAAGUUGAAAAAUUA